UCUCGUGUGGUGUGUGCAGUAGUCGAUACAUUCUCUCAACUCUCGCAUCUCGCAUCUCGCAUCUCGCAUCUCGCGUUCACUAUGCCACCAAAGACCAGCGGCAAGGCGGCCAAGAAGUCCGGCAAGGCACAGAAGAACAUAUCCAAAUCGGACAAAAAGAAAAAGAAGCACAAGAGGAAGGAGAGCUACGCCAUUUACAUCUACAAGGUGCUCAAGCAGGUGCACCCCGACACCGGUAUCUCUUCGAAGGCGAUGUCAAUCAUGAACUCGUUCGUGAACGACAUCUUCGAGAGGAUCGCGGCUGAGGCGUCUCGUCUCGCUCACUACAACAAGCGUUCGACGAUCACGUCCCGCGAGGUGCAGACCUCCGUGAGGCUCCUGCUGCCCGGCGAGCUCGCCAAGCACGCCGUCAGCGAGGGCACCAAGGCCGUCACCAAGUACACCAGCUCCAAGUGAGCGUCGCGGCGGGGUGGGACAACGGCGGUGACGUACGCAACGUAGGAGACGAACACGUCAUCCAGACGCCGCGUCGUCUCAGCGCCGGCGAUU